AUGCCAAAGCCUGAGACAUUUAAUGAAUUGGCCCAUUUGAGAGAUUCAGGGUUUGGACAACCUGCACCCAGGCAUGGACUUAAACUCUUGUACUGGUUUGCUCACAACUAUGUUCGGUUUGACUAUACUGGCUGCAUGAUUCCUCAAUAUGAUCCUACAGACGGCGGGUUUGGCUUUAAACCGUUCCACAACCGAAUUGAUGAUGACGAUGACAGACUCUUACCCAAUCAGAACCAGCCGUACUAUGAGGUGGGAAAUCUUAAUGUUCGUUAUGCUAACGAAUUGCCUCCAUAUGUCAGGGGGAACUCCAAUCACCACUGGGGUGAUGGCAAUAAAGAUCGCAUCAUCAUACGACUUGAUCCAUAUGGUUAUAUUGAUCGGGUCUAUGUGACAGAACACAAGGAUGCCCCAAAUUUCAGCCAUGGAUGCACCUACCGUAUCAGCCAGGGUCUGCUGAGGAAAAUCGAAAACAUGAAUCGUUCCCACUUCCUCCAGGUGACUGAACAUCAUCACUCCAAGCCCCAGGUCAUUAAUAUGAAUCCCCAAAGCAGACCGACUGGCUUUUCACAAUCAUACGUGGGCCCGCCUCCGUACCAAUCAUCCGAGUCCUCCCUCUGCGAGACGUGCUGUGCGGCCAUUUUCGUCGUAUUUGUGCUGAUAGUGUUGUUUCUUUUCUUUAUCGCAAGUAUGAAGAAUAAGUAUCAGUAG